GUAUUUAAGACUAAAUUCAUGUGUAAUCCAAAGGUAGUGAAUUCAAGUUUAGUUUAGAGAAAUAUGGGACUAUUAACUAUUUGCGUCGUAGCAUUCAUGAUUGCACUACCCUUGGAAGCUUCGCCUAUCUCGAAAACUAAUGUUGUACAUAUCGCCGUACCAGUCGCAUUGAGAAAAUAUUUUGGAAAGCCUAGUUCACAUUUCAAGUACAAUUAUGUCCCUAGGAGUGAAUAUUAUGAACCGAAAGUGUCAGAAGAAUCGGACAAUUAUAUAGAAAGACUUAUUAGAGAAGCUUUACAGGCUCCACGUAACAUGGAGAGAGAUAGAAGAUCCACCUCAAGAAUGGACAUCGACACGGACUACUAUUUAAUAAUUGAAAAUUAUCAUUGAAACCACAUCAGUGUAAUGGUGAAAGAAUUUAUAAAAAAA